AUGACACGCGACGUACGCGACAAGAAACAGAAGAAAAAAUGGCUGCUGAAGGAACAGAAAAAGGGCAAAAAGAGAAAGACUAGACUCACUUCUUUGACACUUCUGAACAACGGUUUGGAAUUCUGCUCGGAGAUUGUGAAUCUGUGGAAUUCUGGAGGCGAGGAAGUCGAAGAACGAGAACGCCGUCGGAGAUUCUGUCUCCCAACCGAGUGUUGUCACGAUGAGAAGCUCCCAUUGAAGGAUCAUAUCAACUGGGCAACUGUUAUCCGAGUAGUAUGCAACUUUGGAAGCAGUCAUCGGAUGAGGAGCCUUCAGUUUACUGGCAAUAAACAGUGCAACUCCGGCGAUCAUCUGAAUAUUUGGAUCUGA